AUGGAAGACCUUGUCAAAGCAGGGACAAGGCCGUGGCUGCUGAUGGUUAUUCACGUCGUGUUCUGCACCUGUCUUGCUUCCAUCGCUGGAGCUCUGGUCUGUUUUGUGUCACCUCUGGCAGCUGGAAGUGGCAUUCCUGAAGUCAAAUGUCGGUUGAACGGGAUAGAUUUACCGCUUGUUGUGAAAUCACGAACUCUGCUGGCGAAGGCCUGUGGGGUUCUUUUCAGUGUUUCUGCGGGACUCCCUUGUGGCAAGGAGGGUCCCAUGAUCCACAGUGGUGCAAUUAUCGGGGCAUUGUUCUCGCGGUACGUUGUCUUGGGAUCCAACAUGCUCCGAGAUAUUGAACUACGAGAUUUGAUUACAGCCGGUGGUGCAGCAGGAGUGGCGGCCGCUUUCGGUGCUCCGAUAGGUGGAAUGCUCUUUGCCUUGGAGGAAGGCUCAUCAUUUUGGAACGCUAAGGUCCUUCUGCAAGCUUUGCUUUGCUCGUCUGCGUCUGCCCUGACCUUGAACUUUUUUCUGGGGGGCUUCGACUCGAUUGGAUUUGGCACGCUUGGUGCACUUGGAGUCCUCACCUUUGGUGAUUAUUUCGAAGGUGCAAAGACGAGUUAUCACAUUUGGGAGCUGCCGUUCUUUGUGACUCUGGGACUUCUUGGUGGCCUCGUCGGGGCCGGCUUUAAUGCGCUGAACAUUCCACUAACACUCUGGCGAAUACGCCGAGUCGGGGCUUCAGGUUGGACUCGGUUUCUGGAAGUGCUGCUGGUCUCCGCUUGCAUUGCCGCAGUGUUCUUCGUCCCCGCAACGCUCUCACAGAAGUGCUACGUCACGGGUGUGGAGCACGGAUCCCACAAGCCCGGUGAACUCGACUUGAUUUGCAAGGACACCUUGGCUGGCCAAACCGGCCUCGGUCUGUUUGUGACACCCAGCGAGGAUGCUAUAAAAGUCUUGUUUCACGAUCCACACGUGUAUGACCCUGGACUGCUCAGCCUCUUCGGAAUCAUGUAUUUUCUGCUGGCUUGUUGGACCUAUGGCCUUGGCGUUCCAAGUGGGCUCUUUGUGCCUUCUCUCCUGGUCGGCGCCGUGCUUGGACGCCUCGUUGGACAAAGUCUUCAGUUGCUCAGUAGCAGAGUCGCACCACCGGGAAUGUAUGCACUCGUGGGUGCAGGAGCGACGCUAGCAGGAAUGGCACGUAUCACGGUGUCGUUGGGUGUCAUUCUGAUUGAGGCUACGGGGAACACGCAGUACAGCCUGCCGAUUCUUUUUGCAGUUAUUGUUGCGCGCAGUGUCGGGAAUCUUUUCAACGAAGGUAUUUAUGAUAUCCAUAUACAGCUAAAGCACAUCCCGUUCUUACCUGCGGAUGCCGCACAUGUGAACACUACCCUGGUGUCCUGCAUAAUGACUGCCGAUGUUGCAACUGUCGGCAGCAUAGAAAGCGUCACUCGCUUGGAGCGUAUCUUGGAGACGUCACACAAUGCUUUCCCCGUGGUAGAACCAGGUACAUCGCAGUAUUGCGGAAUGCUUAGCCGUUCAGCUUUGCUGAAGCUGUUGCAGAGAGUUCGCUGCCCUCUAGACCAAUCUGAAGCUCUGCCUUCGCGUGGAAGUUCCUUGCUUGGGCCACAGACAGAGGUGGAUCUGAACCCGUACAUAAAUGCCGGAGCCUACACCAUCGAGGACACUGCUACUGUCCGCCGCGCCUAUGUGCUGUUUCGAACGAUGGGUUUGAGGCAUUUGCCCGUUGUCCGUGGUGGUUGCAAGCUUUGCGGAAUUCUCACAAGGAAGGACUUUCUAGAACGUGUCGGCGGAGAGGCAUAA